AUGGGGAUCCAGAUCCAGGGUAUGGAGCUGUUUGCCAUUGGCGUGGUCAUGAUAAUGUUUGUGGCAGUGCUCAAGGGCUUUGGCAUCCUGGAGCCCAUGUCCUCCUUUGAAGACAGUAGUGAGAUUGAUUUGGAGCUGUCUACGGUUCGUCACCAGCCAGAAGGCUUGGACCAGCUGCAGGUUCAGACCAAGUUCACCAAGAAGGAGCUCCAGUCUCUAUACAGGGGCUUCAAGAACGAGUGUCCCAGUGGUUUGGUUGAUGAAGAGACGUUCAAGACCAUCUAUUCUCAGUUCUUUCCCCAAGGAGACGCCACCACCUAUGCACAUUUCCUGUUCAAUGCGUUUGAUAUGGACAGAAACGGCUCUAUUCGUUUUGAGGACUUUGUGAUCGGCCUGUCUGUUCUUCUGAGAGGGACAGUCACAGAGAAACUCAACUGGGCCUUCAACCUGUACGACAUCAACAAGGACGGAUACAUCACUAAAGAGGAGAUGCUGGCUAUUAUGAAGUCCAUCUAUGAUAUGAUGGGCAGGUACACCUACCCCAGUGUACGGGACGAGGCACCCUCUGAACAUGUGGAUAAGUUCUUCCAGAAAAUGGACAGAAACCGAGAUGGAGUGGUGACCAUUGACGAGUUCAUUGAGACCUGUCAGAAGCCACACCUGCGCAGUCCUUUGAUUCCUCUCCCCAUUAUAGAGACCCCCUUCGAACGCAUAGCUAUGGACCUCGUGGGACCCCUCCCGAAAUCCGCCAGAGGAUACGAGUACAUCCUGGUUGUCGUAGAUUACGCUACUAAGUUCCCAGAGGCCAUACCCCUUCGCAACAUGUCGUCAAAGGGAAUCGCCAAGGAAUUGUUCAUGAUAUUCUCCCGGGUGGGCCUUCCCAAGACGAUCCUAACCGACCAGGGAACCCCGUUCAUGUCCCGAUUGAUGAAGGACUUGUGUCGGUUAUACCAGGAUCAACAGAUACGCACAAGCAUAUUCCACCCGCAGACAGACAGUUUGUGCGAACGCCUGAACAAAACAAUUAAAAGCAUGUUGAGAAGAGUGGUGUCCAGAGAUGGGAAUAACUGGGACAUGCUUCUGCCCCACUUAAUGUUUGCCCUGCGAGAAGUACCCCAGGCGUCCACUGGGUUCUCCCCAUUCGAAUUGCUCUACGGCCGGCCAUGUCGAGGGAUCAUCGACUUAGCCAAGGAGACCUGGGAUGCACAACCAUGCCCAUUCCGGUCGACGAUAGAACAUGUUACCAUGAUGAGGUAG